GAGGUUCAACAGCAAACUGAGGGAAGCUUGCAGACAUGAAUGACGUUCAUUUAAGAUCUAAUGUUAAAUGAAAGAGUCCUUAAAUAAAAUACAUGUAGAUAUGGCUCAUAAUUUAAUUAAAGUGGCAUCUGUACUUACCGGUGGUAACAGCAAAUGCAAUUUAAUACUACAGGCCACAGAAUUUUGGGGCAGCAAAACAAACUCUCCUCUUUUUAAUAAAUAAGUUAGGCAAUAAUUGGCCUUUUUCCAUCAUUCUGUGAGCAACUGUGAUCUGAUUAUAUGCUGCACGCAGCAUUAGUCGGCAAACAGCAGAGCACAGCGAAAGGAGUUGGUUACCUUGCUGAGAAGUUGGACGUGUGCAGCCUGUCACCUGCAGCUCUUCAUCUAACAGCUUGGUGUCCACUGUCCAAAAAUGCCGAAAACGACUAUUAGGUUUUGUACAUGCAUUUUUGAUGAACAAUAGCGCACUGGGACCCCUUUGUGUUCCAGUAUAAGAAGGUUCGGGAGCACGUUCACGUUCUCCACAUUGUGUUGAGCUUCACACAGCUGUCUCAGCCUCCAGCCCUCUUCGGUGAAGGAGAUCCCAGACCUUGUGGAAAACAUGGAUUUCAAUGGAACAUGGCAGGUUUACUCUCAGGAGAACUACGAGGAGUUCCUCAGGGCCAUGGAACUCCCAGAAGAUGUCAUCAAGAUGGCCAAGGACAUCAAGCCAAUUACUGAGAUAAAGCAGAAUGGCAAUGACUUUGUUGUCACCUCCAAGACCCCUGGAAAGACUGUGACCAACUCCUUUACCAUCGGCAAGGAGGCUGAUAUCACUACCAUGGACGGCAAGAAGCUCAAGUGCAUUGUCAAUCUGGAGGGUGGCAAACUGGUCUGCAAAACUGGCAAGUUCUGCCACAUCCAAGAGCUCAAGGGAGGAGAGAUGGUUGAGACAUUGACCAUGGGCUCAACAGCUCUCAUCAGGAGGAGCAAAAAGAUGUAAACUUGACAAUAUAGAAACCAAUA